AUGAAAGAGAUGAACAAAUUGCAAUCAGAGAAGAGUGAUGUAGUCAAAGAAACACUUGAGAUUGUCAGCCAUAAUGAAGUUCAUUUUAAAGACAAAAGUAAUGAAUAUGGCAUGAAUUAUGUUUUUGAAUUGAAUGACAGUGCAGAAGAGAUAGAAACGCCUGCUCGGAUAAGAGACUUACCUCUUUCUGAAUCUGAUGCUGUAUUUAGUAUUGAAGGCAACAAGUAUGCAGCAAGCAAUGAUCUUGACAACAGAGAAAAUGAGAGUGACAAUGACAUGAGUGAUGAUGAAGUCCGUCUCAGAAUUGGGUUUGAUCCACCAUUUUAUUGUGCAGUGAUUUUGAUUUCUAUUGUCAACAAGAUUCUCAAAUUGUUCAAUGAUUCAUUCUGUCUUCCAUUGAGCAUUUCUGGGCUCAAGCAACUUUCAGGAUUAAGCACAUUAACAAAAGGGAUUAAGAAGUAUACUGCUUGUGGUGAAUGUCAUACAAUCUACAGCAAUGAUGAAUCUGUCCCAGUAUAUUACACGUCUCCUGUUUUUGGUAGUAACCUAUUGUGUAAAACACCCUUAUUCAAAAGUGGAUCCGAGUCAACAAUUCCAAAAAAGGCAUAUAUAUACCAUUCGAUUGUAUCAGCAUUGAAAAUGUUUUUUUUUGUUGCCCUGGCUUUGAAAGUGCUAUCAACUCUUGGAAUUGUAGUCCAAAAGUAG